GCAGCACUGGCUGUCCCGCGUGGAGCAUGCACGAGGAUCCUCUGAGGGAGAUCAGGGCUACACACAUCCACAGCAGUCCGGACACUAAUCAGCUUUUAGCGAUGUAGUCGAUGCGGCUUGAGCUCCGUCUGUCCGAGCUCGUCAAAUAUGAAGAAACAUUCGGCCCGGGUCGCGCCGCUGUCCGCCUGUAACAGUCCGGUGCUCACGCUGACCAAAGUGAGAGGGGAGGACCGGCCGAGGGAGAACGUCGUGGGCACUGCUGACGGACAGGCGAUGGUGGGCGGAGCAGGGGUGGAGUCAGGUGCGGGGAGACAGAGAUUACGCUGCUGUGUGCGAGUGACAGCUGUCCAGGUGCGGAAAGCAAUAUGGGGUGUGGCCAUGGUGAUGUGUGUGUGCUCGUCAUGGGCAGGCUCCACCCAGCUGGCCAAACUGACCUUCAAAAAGUACGACGCACCGUUCACUCUCACAUGGUUCGCCACAACCUGGAACUGCCUCUUCUUCCCUCUGUAUUACAUUGGCCACUUGUGCAAGAGCCCUGAGAGGCAGACACCAAAACAGAGGUUCAGAGAGUGCUGCCGGUUCUUCGGGGACGAUGGGCUGACAGCGAAGGUGUUUUUCACUAAAGUGGCUCCUUUCGGCCUGCUGUGGAUUUUGACAAACUACCUGUACCUUCAGGCUCUGAGGAAGAUCAACAGCACCGAUGUGUCUGCUCUCUUCUGCUGUAACAAAGCCUUCGUCUUUCUGCUGUCCUGGAUUGUGCUGCGCGAUCGCUUCAUGGGCGUCAGGAUUGUUGCUGCCAUUCUGGCCAUCGCUGGAAUUGUGAUGCUGACGUACGCUGACGGUUUUCACAGUCACUCUGUUAUCGGUAUUACCCUGGUGGUGGCCUCGGCGUCAGCCUCCGCCCUCUAUAAGGUGCUCUUCAAGCUGGUGUUGGGUAGUGCCAAAUUUGGAGAAGCGGCUCUUUUUCUGACCAUCGUCGGUGGUGCAAACUUCAUCUUCAUGAGCUUUGUGCCACUUUUACUGUACUUCACACAUGUGGAAUACUUCACAUCUUUUGCUGAUCUUCCCUGGGCCUGCAUGUGUGGAGUCGCUGCUCUCCUACUAGCAUUCAAUAUUCUGGUGAAUUUUGGCAUUGCCAUCACAUACCCAACUCUGAUUUCUCUCGGCAUCGUGCUGAGUGUUCCUGUCAAUGCAAUGGUGGACCUGUACACCUGUGAUAUCCACUUCAACACAGUGCGGCUCAUCGCUGUGUGCAUCAUCUGCCUGGGCUUUCUGAUGCUCCUGUUACCAGAGGACUGGGACCAGUGUUUGAUUGAGCUCGGCACCAAACUCAGAAAGCGGGAACAGCCUGCUGAACCAGCGGACAGCGGAAACAGCUCAGGACUCAACUGGACCCGACGGGCCAGAACCUCCAUGUCCACGUUUACUCACUGACAUGCAGUCGCUUUCUCCCAUUCAUGGUCAGGUGAUGAGGGAUGCUGAGAGGAUUUCUUUUUUUUUUCUUUGAGCAAAAUCACUUGGUGGUUCUUCUCACUGUAAGCGGAUUUGAUUGUUUAUGUGAAACUCAAGAGCAGAGGUCCCAAACUAUGGCCUUGCGUGUCAAAUUGAACUUAUGGAAUAGGUCAUUAAAUGUUAAUUGUUUGUCCUUAAAUGUAGUCCACAUAUCACUCAUUCAUUUUCAUUUGGCUUAGUCCCUUAUUUAUCAGGGCUCACCACAGCAGAAUGAACCGCCAACUAUUCCAGCAUAUGUUUUACACAGCGAAUGCCCUUCCAGCUGUUCACCUAUAGCACAUGUCUUUGGACUGAGGGGGAAACCGGAGAGGAAAACCAAACCAACAUGGGGAGAACAUGCAAACUCCACACAGAAAUGCCAACUGGCCCAGGCGGGCUCAAACUAGCAUCUUUCUUGCUGUGAGGCGACAGUGCUAACCACUGAUCCAUCAUGCCGCCAGUCCACAUAUCAAUUUUUAAUAAUUAAAUUUUUGAUUUAGUUGCAAUUUAAUAUACUGUUAAGGGGGAAAAUACAGUGAAUAAAGACUGUGAACAUUUUGUUUUUCUGGAUUUGUUAGGUUAUUGGUUUGAGUAAAAUAUUAUAUUUGUUCUAUGAAGGUUUGAAAGCAUUGCUUCCAGUUGUGAAGAUUAUUGCUGUCUUAAAAUGGUACCAAAAAUGCUCUAAAUGGAAUGUAGCUAUGCUUGUAUUCUUUUAAUGACUGAUGACAUUUCAUCAAGAAAGAAGUGCAGACACAUUCAAAUACACAAUACUAGUGUUCUUCAGAAGAGUAUAGAAAUCCAAAUGUAGUGGAAUAACCCUGAUUUUCAAGUUUUAAAUGACAAUAUUCAUAUUUGAACUUUGGAAAAAUGUUAUCAGGCCUUUUUAGAA